AUUCAGAAGACCUUUGGACUAGCGUGGUUGGUGAUUGAAGUGGGAACAAGGUAUUUAAGUACUCAUCAUAGUAGCUGAUAUGUUAGGUAUAUCACCAUGAUGGGAUUGGUGAAGAUGUACAACGACCUGAUGGAGAAGGCCGACCCACGGGUAGAGGGCUGGUUCAUGAUGUCCACACCCUGGCCGAGCCUCAUCAUCUGUGUCGCCUACUUUAUGUUUGUUAAGAUGGGUCCCACCAUCAUGGCCAACAGACAACCAUUCGAGCUGAAGACAAUCCUAAUUGUGUAUAACUUCUGUAUGGUUCUGCUGUCGACGUACUGCUUUGUGGAGUUUUUGUUGGCAGGCUGGCUAAAUGGCUACAGCUUGAGAUGUCAGCCAGUGGAUUACUCCGAGAGUGGAACGAGGAUGCUGAAAGUUUGUUGGAUGUUUUACUUUUCAAAAUUUAUUGAACUUUUUGACACGGUUUUCUUUGUGAUGAGGAAGAAGUUUAACCAGGCUUCGUUUUUACACGUAUUUCACCACGGGAUAAUGCCUGCCUCUUGGUGGUUUGGUGUCAAAUUUGUCGGAGGUGGUUUCGGAACCUUUCACUCCAUGCUGAAUUCCUUUAUACAUUUAGUGAUGUAUACUUACUAUGGCAUGGCUGCCCUCGGUCCGCAAUACCAAAAGUAUCUGUGGUGGAAAAAAUACAUGACCUCCAUGCAGAUAACACAGUUUGUUUUGGUGACGAUCCACUCGGUACAGCUUCUGUUUAUGGACUGUAACUACCCCACGCUGUUCGUCUACUGGAUCCUCGCCUAUGCUGUGAUAUUCCUCGUCAUGUUCGCCGACUUCUACAGAAACGCGUACAAAAAACCACAGACCAACGGAUCUGUUUCCAACGGAACCAAAGCCAAAGCCAAUUAACACAUGCCUUAAUUAGGAAUCUUAAUUAGGAAUCAAGCCACUUAAGUCCUAAAACAAUACCUCUUUGUCUAUUUUGAUUAAUGAUUUUCUUGAAUGCUUUAAACAAUUAUUUUUGAUAUUCUGAUGAAGCACGACUGUUCGGCAUUAACGUGUGAGGUACAAGGUAUGUGCAAUGUAAACUCCAUCUGUUGUAGGACAUUUCUUUACCAUUUUUUAGGGCAAAUUUAUAUUUUGUUUUAGUACAGUAUUUCUACAUUGAGAAAACCUUUACAUGUACACAGUUUUGAUAAACAUGUAUCUGAAUGCCUUCAGAGCCGGUGACUCUGUCAGUAUCUAUUUAUUUUAUUCAGCUCCUGAUUUUCUAUUUAUAGCUUAUACAAUGUAGAUAUGAUUAACGUGUUCUGUGUCCGUAUCUGUCCAUAAGUUCAGGGUCUUUAGGGUAUGGUGUUGAUUCUGGGUAAUGUUUGUACGCAGUGCGAGUUUUAUACAGACCUUUUGUGGUAUGAGUUGUUUUAUAUGUACUCGCUCUUCGGAACUGCUGUUCUGUAAACUCGGACUCCAAAAUUUUCAGGGAUUCAUUGUAAAAUCUUUCUCAGAUACGUGCAUGUCGCUGCGUAAGUGUAGAUUUAUUUGAUUUUUGUGUUUUAACCAACUCUACAAAAUCUGUUUAAUCUUGAAUUUGAGAGGUUUUGUUUUUCCUGAAACUUGUUCCUCAAUUACGUAUACUAGAUUUAUUGUUACUAUGACUUUCUAAAGUCUGGUAUUUCGACAACUUUUACCAAAAGUCUGUCUCCCAACUGCCAACACACCUAAAUCUCACCGUGCACAGUUUUUUCACACCUUUAAUUACAGAAACCCCUAAUCCCAUUAUUUUAAUCACUGUGGUUAUGUGUUUGAAUUUCGCAGACAGAGCACAGAUAAGUCAUUCUCCAGUUAACAUUGACAUUGUUGAAGAUUUCAGAUCAUCUGGUUGGUAUAUUCAGUUUUUUUUCAAUGGGAGACUGACUAGAGUAAUGAGAUUUAUUAAAGAAGAACAUGUCCAUUGAUAAAGGAUCUAAAUUAUUAUAAAAACAUUUCAGGAUCUAAAUUAUUAUAAAAACAUUACAGGAUCUAAAUUAUUAUAAAAACAUUACAGUUUUUAAUAUUUACAUUGUAUUGUUAGGUGACAGUGACUUGCAGUGUAAUAGAUAUCUUAUCAGGUCUAAAGGAUUGCUGCAAAAAUGUCAAAGUUUUUUUGUUUUUUUUUAAAUACACGCGUUUGACAAUUGUUUGAUAAAAUAAAUAAAUGUUUAUUCGGUGUAAACAUACAUACAUACAUAAAUAUCACAAGUGCAUUAAGGUGAACAUCAUGGAUGGAACUGCCCGCGUCAAAAGUCGUACAACUUUCGUCGUUGCAGUUUGAGCACAUUACAGAGGGCCUGUCAUUAUUACAAAUACCGUAUUCGUCCUAUUGUACAGACGCUCAGUAGGACGAAUACGGUAUUUGUUAUUUACAACUUAUCAUAGAUGAAUAUCUUUUUCGGGUAAACUACAAGAAAUAGUACAGAAAUCUCCCAGAGAGACAUAUUGAAUAGUUAACAUGUCUGCGUUCUUUAUCUGUGUAUCAUCCAAAGACGUCAUUAUAUUUUACUAACUUUUACCAAGUCAUGCACCUACAUUGUACAUGUAGCUUUCACUAAUGCCUCUGAUAAGAUUUUGUUUCCUGUAUUUAUUUUUUAUGAUAUUACGUGUAGAUGAUUGAAUGCAGCUGUGUGUUGUUUUGUUGUCACUGUUAGAUUUGUACGAUCAAUUCAUUGUCUGUCUGUUGAAUUCUUUUUUUACUUAACAUAUACGUGAAAUGAAGAUACAUACAGUGGAUAUAUUCUGUGGAUAUACAUAAUGGAGCAUCUUCCAGAAUUUGAUCAAUCAAAAAUGUUGGGUUAAAUUGAAGUAGCCGCUUUCCUUUUUAUGUACUGUAUUUGUUCAUUUAGCAAGAUAUUUUGGUCACUUCUGGCAAAGUCGAGUAUGGUCUAAUUGAGAUCACUGCCGGACUAUUGAUUUGUCUAGGUAUAGUACAGAGAGCUCCUGAUGCCACUGAUUCUAGGUGGUAUGUUUUGUUUUUACUGAUUAGUACUAAUAAACAACAGACAUACUGAACCGAAGCACAACUAGACCAGAACCAAAGCACCGCUAAACCGGAACCAAAGCACAACCAGACCAGGCUCCAAGACCAUAAACUGAGAAUAGACUUAAGUCUAUAAAUUUCAAAUCCAGCUAACUUUGGAAAUAAUUUCCAUAAACAAAUAAAAUUUUCAGUAUAUGUUUGCAUUUGAUUUUAUUUUAUAAACCUGCAGUUUUUCAAACAUCUGCACUAGAUAAAUCCUCAGAUAUAAGUAAUCAAUAUUUUAACUUAAGUCUAUUCUCAGUUUAUGGUCUUGGGGCCUGAACCAAAGCACUGCUAGACCGGAACCAAAGCACUACUAGACUGGAACCAAAGCACAACUAUACUGGGCAAAAGUAAACAGUUGAAAAAUCACUAUUUCUUCUGUUGAUGUUAUUGUUAAGAUGUGUAUUUCAUGCCAGCAUGAAACUGAUUAAAUUGUUACGUUUAUGUUGAGUUGUAUGAACACCCUUGUUCCCAGAGACAAUUUCUGAUUCAUGUUUAGCUGUGAACAAAAUGCACUAGUAUCCUGCAUAAUGAUUUUUAAAGUUUUUUCUAUUUUAUCGUUUCUUUAUCUGCCUGUUGAUCUUGGUAUGAGGGUCACAUGACAUUGGGUCAUUGGCCACUUCCUCCCCCCUUUGAGUGCUAGUGAUGAUAGAUAUUCACCAUUGUGUGAAGAGAUUAAGAGUAGGCUGUUCUAAACCUUGGCUUAAACCAGCCCGGUCUGACUCCAUGAUCAGAGAAUAGACUCAAGUCAAAAAUAAGAUUUUGUGGCUGGUAUAUACCUUUGGCUUGUUCAAAGUGUGACGAUUUGAAUCAUAUUUAAAAAUGAUAUAAUGUCAACUGAUUUUCGAAAAACAAGAUUCUGAAAUAUUCUUACAGGCCUGACCAAGGUUCUGAACAACCCCGUCCUAAUCUCUGUUUCAUCUGAUCACGAUACAUAUGUGUGUAUUAGAGGUCGCCAUUCUUGUGUUGAUAAUGCACAUUCUGAUAAUGGUAGACUGUUUCGUGUGAUUUGUAUAUUUAUUAUCGUAUUUACAUGAUGCUAUACUGAUGUAGUAAAAUGAAGACUAUGUAGUACUACUGAUUAUCACAUAGGUUUUGUAUGCCAUUUUGCAAAUAGAUUUUGUUAAGAACA